CUGGGCCUGGAGGUCAGGGCUCGGGGAGGAGCCCUCCGGCUGUUCGUGGAUGGUGGCAUUGUUUUUCUCCUCACCGUCGUCAUAGAUCGCAUACUCAUCCUCCGGCAUAGUGAACACAUCCCCACGAGUCACUGCAGAGAGUGGAUGGUAGUGAGUCUCCAGCUGCAAGGGGCACCCCAGCCCACCCACCUGGGCUCUGAACACACCUUGGGGCUUGCACUCAGCCGUAUAGUCUGUGCAGCAGCUCUGGUAGUAAGAGCAGAGCUCAUCACACUGGCACUUCUUGUCAGCAUUGAAGCCCUCAGUGCAGCGGCCUUUGCAUGACUCUUUGAGGAAGGGGUGUCAGUAGGUGCCGCCAAGCCCGGGCCACCCUCGCCCUCCCUACAUUGACCCAGAUGACCACCAACACCCCCCUGUACCUUGGUCAGCCACAGCAACCCAUGCCAGCAGGGCCAGCAUGAGAAGGGGUCUCAGGGGUGCCAUGGUGGGACUUCUAGCUCAGUGCCUGGCAAGCUGGGCUCUGAUCUCCCUGAAGUCUCCGCUCUGAUGCCUGAGGAAGGGAGGGAGAGGCAGAGACAGGGAGGGAGAGGCAGAGACAGGGAGGGAGGGGACUGAAGAAGAGGAACUGCCUUUUCUGCUGCUCUGUUUGCUCAACCUCCAGCCCAUCCCCUCUGCCCCCUCCAGCGGCUGCUGCAGCAAAGGUCACAUUCCUGGAACACUGGGCCUGGGAGAGCUGGGAGAUAAGACCUUUGCCAAGCUCAGAAUCAUUAGGUCAUCAGAUGGGGAAUUAGCACCGCGGAUCUGGAGGCCAGAAAGAAGGCUCAUUGGGCAACAGCUUUAUCUCUCUGAGUCUUAGUUCAGUUUCAGUAAAAUGGGAUUAACCCCCUUGCCUCAUGGGGUAUUGGGAGAUUACAUGAACUGGAACAGACAAAAUGCCCAGUAGCUGGAGCAGUCACAAAUUCCUUCUCCAAACAUAGCUAUUGAUCCAUGAUCGUUUGAUCAGACACAUCCCUGGCUGGGUGCUCAUUCGCCAUUGUUUAUUUAGGGCAGGAAAAAGGGAGUGAGAGGAGAGUUUGUAAGCACUCUGGGGAAUUUUCUUUUUUAGCAUAAAAGAACAAAGUUUCAUUUCUGGGUUCUUCUCUUGGAUGCAUCAAUCUCCCCAGGCUGGAAUUUUGGGUAAAUAUCAACCCACUGAACUAGAUUUGAUUUCUGAGUCUUUUCUGAGCAGGCCACUCCCUGUCCCCAGCCUCAGUCUUCCCAUCUGUAAAGAGUGGGCUUGUUCAACACACUUUUAGACUCUCAAGAGAAAUAUGAUCCCUCUACCUGGAAAAUGCCCACUGGUGUGAAACACCUGAUUUUGUGCCCAAUUUCAGGUGUCCACAGAGCUUCUGAAAUCCUCCCAUCACCUGAAAAAAAAGUGAUCCUGAGAUUUUAGCUGAUUUUUCUGUUCUGUACUCAGAGGGGACUGUGAUUUUGGCCAAUCUCUUCCUCAUGGGCUUCAGUGGAGUCAGCUGUGGAAUGGAACACCGAUUCCCACCCCAGAGGCAUGUUGUGAGGUUUCGCUGAGAAACAGGCAUAAAAGGGCCUUAAGAGUUACGAUGAUUGUUUUAACCACUUAGUAGGGAGGGGGCACGCAGCGGUGUUGCUCCCACGUACCGGUGUCACACGGGGCGGGGAAGAGGGGGUGGAGAACGGAGACUGUCAUCUCAUUUUCGACCCCCUUCCUCAAGUCCAGCGCAGGAGGAGGCGGCUGCGACUGAGGGGCUGGGGAAGGCUGGCCAGGGGCGUGGGCGUGGCUGGGGACGACGUGGGGGAGCUGCGCAGGAGGCUGGAGGAGCCCCGCUGGACCCAGAGGCGGGGCAUGAGCCCCGGGUCCGCUGCGGUUCCGGGGCGUGGCUGCUGCCGAGCAUCUCCCAGCUCAGCCGAGCCUCUGCUCGGGCAACGCUUUGUUCCAGCCGCCGCCUCCUCUACCCUCCGGCGUCCGGAGCCAUCCCUCGCCUCCUCGCUCUCUCCUUUCGCCCACUCCCUGCAUCUUGGCCUGCAUCACCUUUGCCAACCGCUGCACCCCCGAUCCUGCCCUCACUCCUCCCUCAAACUUCUGACCGGCACCCUUGCCUGGUACCCUUCUCUCUAUUCCUCCCCCUCCAUCUUCUUCCCCCGACCCCUCUCGGGUCCCUCUUUUCCCAAAACCGGGGUCUCUCCGCGCGGCCCCCGCCUCCAGGCCGGGGAUGUCCCCCGCGGCCCCGCGCCCAUGGUUCUGACGCUGCUCCUCUCCGCCUACAAGCUGUGUCGCUUCUUCGCCAUGUCGGGCCCACGGCCGGGCGCCGAGCGGCUGGCGGUGCCGGGGCCGGAUGGGGGCGGUGGCACGGGCCCAUGGUGGGCUGCGGGCGGCCGCGGGCCCCGCGAAGUAUCGCCCGGGGCAGGCACCGAGGUGCAGGACGCCCUGGAGCGCGCGCUGCCGGAGCUGCAGCAGGCCUUGUCCGCGCUAAAGCAGGCGGGCGGCGCGCGGGCCGUGGGCGCCGGCCUGGCCGAGGUCUUCCAACUGGUGGAGGAGGCCUGGCUGCUGCCGGCCGUGGGCCGCGAGGUAGCCCAGGGUCUGUGCGACGCCAUCCGCCUGGACGGCGGCCUCGACCUGCUGUUGCGGCUGCUGCAGGCGCCGGAGCUGGAGACGCGUGUGCAGGCCGCGCGCCUGCUGGAGCAGAUCCUGGUGGCUGAGAACCGGGACCGCGUGGCGCGCAUCGGGCUGGGCGUGAUCCUGAACCUGGCGAAGGAGCGCGAACCCGUAGAGCUGGCGCGGAGCGUGGCAGGCAUCUUGGAGCACAUGUUCAAGCACUCGGAGGAGACGUGCCAGAAGCUGGUGGCGGCCGGCGGCCUGGACGCGGUGCUGUAUUGGUGCCGCCGCACGGACCCCGCGCUACUGCGCCACUGCGCGCUGGCGCUGGGCAACUGCGCGCUGCAUGGGGGCCAGGCGGUGCAGCGGCGCAUGGUGGAGAAGCGCGCAGCAGAGUGGCUCUUCCCGCUCGCCUUCUCCAAGGAGGACGAGCUGCUUCGGCUGCACGCCUGCCUCGCAGUAGCGGUGUUGGCGACUAACAAGGAGGUGGAGCGCGAGGUGGAACGCUCGGGCACGCUGGCGCUCGUGGAGCCGCUUGUGGCCUCGCUGGACCCUGGCCGCUUCGCCCGCUGUCUGGUGGACGCCAGCGACACAAGCCAGGGCCGCGGGCCCGAUGACCUGCAGCGCCUUGUGCCGUUGCUCGACUCUAACCGCUUGGAGGCGCAGUGCAUCGGGGCUUUCUAUCUCUGCGCGGAGGCUGCCAUCAAGAGCCUGCAAGGCAAGACCAAGGUAUUCAGCGACAUCGGCGCCAUCCAGAGCCUGAAACGCCUGGUUUCCUACUCUACCAACGGCACUAAGUCUGCGCUGGCCAAGCGCGCGCUGCGCCUGCUGGGCGAGGAGGUGCCACGGCCCAUCCUGCCCUCCGUGCCCAGCUGGAAGGAGGCCGAGGUCCAGACGUGGCUGCAGCAGAUUGGCUUCUCCAAGUACUGCGAGAGCUUCCGGGAGCAGCAGGUGGAUGGCGACCUGCUUCUGCGGCUCACGGAGGAGGAACUCCAGACCGACCUGGGCAUGAAAUCUGGCAUCACCCGCAAGAGGUUCUUUAGGGAGCUCACCGAGCUCAGGACCUUCGCCAACUAUUCUACGUGCGACCGCAGCAACCUGGCCGACUGGCUGGGCAGCCUGGACCCGCGCUUCCGCCAGUACACCUACGGCCUGGUCAGCUGCGGCCUGGACCGCUCCCUGCUGCACCGCGUGUCUGAGCAGCAGCUGCUGGAGGACUGCGGCGUCCGCCUGGGCGUGCACCGCGCCCGCAUCCUCACGGCGGCCAGAGAAAUGCUACACUCCCCGCUGCCCUGUACUGGUGGCAAACCCAGUGGGGACACCCCAGAUGUCUUCAUCAGCUACCGCCGGAACUCAGGUUCCCAGCUGGCCAGCCUCCUGAAGGUGCACCUGCAGCUGCACGGCUUCAGUGUCUUCAUUGAUGUGGAGAAGCUGGAAGCAGGCAAGUUCGAAGACAAACUCAUCCAGAGUGUCAUGGGUGCCCGCAACUUUGUGCUGGUGCUGUCACCUGGAGCACUGGACAAGUGCAUGCAGGACCAUGACUGCAAGGAUUGGGUGCAUAAGGAGAUUGUGACUGCUUUAAGCUGUGGCAAGAACAUUGUGCCCGUCAUUGAUGGCUUCGAGUGGCCUGAGCCCCAGGUCCUGCCUGAGGACAUGCAGGCUGUGCUUACUUUCAACGGCAUUAAGUGGUCCCACGAAUACCAGGAGGCCACCAUUGAGAAGAUCAUCCGCUUCCUACAGGGCCGCUCCUCCCGGGACUCAUCUGCAGGCUCUGACACCAGUUUGGAGGGUGCUGCACCCAUGGGUCCGACCUAACCAGUCCCCAGUUCCCAGCCCUGCUGUGACUUCCACUUCCAUCGUCCUUUCUGAAGGAACAGCUCCUCAAACCGGCCUACCUGGCUGAGACAACCUGGACUCUUCUUAGCAAAUGGCCCUCCCUCUCCCUGUCCCCCACCCUCAUGGCCCACCUCCAACCCACUUUCCUCAGUAUCUGGAGAGGGAAGGGAAGUCAGACUUGGGCUCGGGAGGUUAGAACUCCCCCAUGCCCUGCCAUUGGGUUAUCUGUCUGUCAUGGGGAGGGUCCCUGCUCAGUUCUGGAAACAUUGGAGUUGGGGUGGGGGUGGUUCUGCAUUCCCUUCUGCUCUGAUAGCAGCCAGUUUGAGGAUGAAGGAAGGCAGCCUCAGACAGGAAUUAAGGCAAUGCCCAGGCAGGCCUGGGCACUGUAGUCUGAGCAAGGGCCUGGGCCCAAGAGCCAGCCAGGGAUGAGUGCGAUCAUGGCUCUCCACUCAGACUGUGCCUGGCCCCUGCACUUACAACUUCCUGCCGCUCUGUGGCCUUGCCCUGUAAUCACUCAGUGCCGUUAGCCAGCCUGACUAGGUCCCAGAUCCCCUACAGCUUCCUUCAGUGUGGUAUCUUUUGCCACAUCCAGGGCGAGGGUUGAGGUAAACCGGCCCUCCCUCUGACUUCCUUGUCGCUGCAGCCAGCUUUGCUGCACUUACUGGUGCACAGGAGCCUCCUGUUUGGGCCUGGGUCUGGGCAUGGGGAAGCCGUGCCUCAAAGCCCACCCUACCCCACGCCUUGGUGCUGUGCCUCAGGCUCCUUCCUGGUCUGGCCCAGCUGGCUACCCCAGCCCCUCAGCUAUCCAGGGCUACCCACUGCUUGCUCAGGGACCAGGCAGCCCCCAUGGCAGUAAAAGCAGCCUGGACAGAACCUGCAGCUCUGUGGAAAGAGGCAAAGUCCUGAAAAGGCAAAAGGUUGUCACCUAUGGCAGCUUCUCCAACUUUAACAUGCAUCCAAGUCACCUGGGAACGUUGUUAAAAUCAGGAGAUCUGGGGUGGGGCCUAGACUCUGCGUUUCUUACAGAUUCCCAGGUGAUUUAAAAUCAGGAGAUCUGGGGUGGGGCCUGAGACUCUGCGUUUCUUACAGAUUCCCAGGUGAGCUGAUGCUGGUGGUUAAGGGUAGCAAAUCUCUAAAGCAUGAAGCUCUCACGAAUCUUUGCCAUUUCCCACACACUCCGCUCCUUGGUCUCCAGUCGUCAGAGCAACUCUACCUGGUAUUAUCAUCCCCAUUUUACAGAUAAUGACACUGAGGCUCAGAAAGGUUGAAGAUAAGCCCAGUUUCCUGUCAUUAGUGGCAGCCCCAGAUCCAGACCUAGACCUCCUGGCACCCAGUCCACUGGCCGUGGAAUUGCUCUCCCGAGAAUCAUUCUGAGGCUGGGCUAUUGCUUCUCCCUUGCUUCAAAGAAUCUAGCAGCGGGGGAUAGGAUUUUGCAACAAAAAGCUGACCCAGAGGCCAUACUGAAAUAACUGAGCAGGAAUGUCCCAUUGCCCCCUCCUCCACUGGGUUCAGAGGGCAAGAAAGUACCGUCCAAUAAACCCAGGCUGCAGGCCACGGGGACUGCUGAAGGCUCUUCCCCAAUGAGGGCCAGGUGUUGACACCUUAAGGCUGGCUGCGCCCCCAGCCCCACUCUUGGCUGUGCUGGCCAGGCGACUCCUAGCUCUCAGCCGCAUCGUCAGAAAGUCAAAGUUCUCACUCCAGGUUUGGGGCUCCUUCCUUCCACUCCCCUCCCUGCCAGAGUCUGUCUUGGCCAGUCCCAGCCUCGAUGCUUUGCUUUGGACCCCAUCUGAUCUUCCUUUCCUCAUGCAGCGCAAGUGCUCACUGGGGCCAGGGUGAGGGCAUGGACGUGACAAGCAGGGCAGCCUGGACACUGCCCUCACAGGACAGAGUCAACAACAAUACAGAGUCUGAGUGUCUCCA